AUGUCCUGUGUGCAUUACAAAUUUUUCUCCAAACUCAAGUAUGACACCGUUACCUUUGAUGGGCUCCACAUCUCCCUGUGUGAUUUGAAGAAGCAAAUCAUGAGGAGAGAGAAACUCAAGGCUGCUAGCUGUGAUCUGCAGAUCAGCAAUGCAGAAACGGAAGAAGAAUACACGGGUGAAGAUGCCCUGAUUCGCAAGAAUUCCUCCGUUAUUGUGAGAAGAGUUCCCGUUGGAGGUGUUCCAUCUACAAGCAAGACUUAUGUCUUAGGGCUAAGUAGAGCAGUGAGUGGAACCUCAGAGGCAGACCUUGAGGACCCUUGUGCCUCGAUUUCUGUGGCCCAGCUUAUAAAGACUGCCAAUCUGGCUGAAGCCGAUGCUCCUGAAGAAGAUAAAAUCAAAGCAAUGAUGGUACAGUCUGCCCACCAAUACGAUCCCAUCAACUACAUGAAGAAACCUCUGGGUCCACCUCCACCAUCUUAUACCUGUUUCCGCUGUGGCAAACCUGGCCAUUACAUAAAGAAUUGCCCCACCAAUGGGGAUAAAAACUUUGAGCCACUUCCCAGAAUUAGAAAGAGUACCGGAAUUCCUAGAAGUUUUAUGAUGGAGGUGAAAGAUCCUAACACGAAAGGUGCCAUGCUUAGCAACACUGGAAAAUAUGUUAUCCCGAUUAUACACGCGGAGGCAUAUGCCAUAGGGAAGAAAGAGAAACCACUCUUCCUAGCAGAAGAACCAUCGUCCCCCUCACAAGAGGAAGACCCCAUCCCGGAUGAACUCUUAUGUCUACUCUGCAAAGAUAUAGUGACAGACGCAGUCGUCAUACCUUGCUGUGGAAACAGUUAUUGCGACGAAUGCAUAAGAACGGCCUUGCUAGAAUCAGACGAACAUAGGUGUCCCACUUGUCAUCAGAACGAUGUGUCUCCGGAUGCCUUAAUAGCCAACAAAUUCUUGCGCCAGGCUAUCGAUAGAUUCAAAAAGGAAAGUGGUUGCACUAAAAGGCUUGAAAAGCAAAUAUGCCCACCCGCGCCUCCACCCCCGCCUCCAAGACCACCUGUUCAGCGGGACCUACAACCAGUGAGGAGACUUCUGAUUUCAAGACAACAGGACCCUUUGAUCAUUCCAGGGACUCCAUCUGCAUCUGCAUCUGCAUCUGCAUCUGCUCCUGCUGCUACUCCUAGAGCGUCAUCCACAACUCCUAAUCAGCCUUCCCUUUCCUCUGCUGGACCUAGAAAUCAACCUUCUACUCCAGCACCAGAUCCUGAUAGAACUGCCACAGAAAAACCAGAUGGGCCUCUGCGUGAUCCUGAGGAUAAAAGCACACCUGCUGCAGCUUUGCUCUCAGAUCAUCCUGACACGUCUUCAUCGCUAGCCACUAGUGCCCUAACGGAAGAAAAGGGCGGCCAGAUACGCGUACCUGGAGCACCUUCUUUGCUUGGGCAGUCCCUUUGGCAUGGGCAGCCGAUACCUACCAUUCAUCCGCUAAGAACAAAUGCUGCUCAAUCUGCUGCGGGUGGCAGACGUGGUUGGAAAGCAAGCACAAAUCGGAGACGAAGUCUGGGUGAACGCUCACACAGGACUCAAGGCCCCUCGCUGCCAGCAACACCUGUACCACCACCUCGGUUCCCUCCUCAUUUUCCACCUGGGCAACCACCACCUCCUGCCUACAGCGUCCCUCCUCCAGCUUUCCCUCCAGCGCCUACAGCUUUAUCAACAGCAGGACAAACAGCUCACUCAAAGACUAUCCCAGCAACAGGAGCUCUACCCUUAUCCAGGGAAGACUUCUACAGAGAGCAAAGACGUCUAAGAGAGGAGGAAAGGAAAAAGUCCAGACCAGAUGAUUUUACAAAGGGUUCUGCUAAAGAACUGAUGGAAUGCAGAAAGAUUCCAAAGAAGCAUAGACGCUCAUUUUCAAGGUCCAAAUCGCCAUCUAGGGGCUCCUGCUCUUCAAGAAGUUCACAUAUCUAUGCUAAAUGGAGCUGUGGUUCCUCGCGGUCCCCUGCCUAUUCUCCACCCUUUAGGCCUUCACGCUCUCCUUCUUAUUCACCAUUCCCUCCAUGUUCCAGAAGAGGCAGAGGGAAAAGUCGAAAUUAUCCUGCAAGAUCCAGGUCUCGCGGAUAUCACUGCUCCAGAUCCAGGUCGCCCCCAUAUCGGGGAUGGCGUUCACGAUCGAGAUCCCCUGCAGUUUUUAGGGGACGGUCUCCUCAUAGACGAAAUACACCUCAAGGAGAGACAGCUCACCGCACUCGCAACAAAGGUGCCAGUUACCCAGAAAAGAGUUCGGCAAGACGUGGUCGCACCACGAAGGAUAGGGUCCCGUCAAAAGAGAAGGAGAAUGAAAAUCCACCAGCAGAUGGGAAAGCAAACAGACAGGAGAAACGCCGAAAGAGAAGAAAGGAGGAAGACCAUGAAGCAUCCCCUAACACAGAAUUGCUAGAGAGUCCUCGCAAAAAAAGGAAGUGUUAA